UUAGGAUUCCAAAGAUUGAGUUAGGCGAAAAGAAAAAUCGAAAAAUAGGUGCAUUUCGCAAACCAAAGAAAAAAAUGACACAAUUUGACCUCCAACCCGGUACCUUGUAGCGAUCGACCCGGCGGGUGCGUGCGGCCCGUUUUUCUCACCGGAUCAGGGUCAUAGUGGGUCAACUCGCAGGCCGACCCGCAACGUACUAAACACCAUUGAAGAAACUGAUAUAAUUUUUUAUUUAACCUUAUUAAUUUCCUACCUAUCCAAUUAUUGUCCCCAUCCCACAAUUGAGGACCAAGCAUAUUUAUUUCUUCCACCAUAAAUAUAUCUUCCCAUUUCCCAUUCGUUUCUUCACAAUUCACACACUAACCAUAAUUUCCAUCGUCUCCCUCCCUCCAAAAUCUCCUCAAAUAUGGGCAAUUGUCUUACCCUCUCCACCGACAAAACCAUCGAGCCCGCCCUCCCCGUCGAGACCACCUUCACCCUCCCCUCCCCGCUGCCCACGUGGCCAUCCGCCGCCGGCCGCUUCGCCGCCGGAACCAUCGACCUCGGCGGCGGACUACAAGUAGCCCAAGUCACCUCAUUCAAUAAACUCUGGUCCAUCUUAGAAGGAGGCCCCGACGACCUCGGCGCGUCGUUCUACGAGCCCUCCCAGCUCCCUCCCGACUUCCACGCGCUCGGCGCGUACUCCCAGCCCAACAACUCCCAGUUCCACCCCUGGCUCCUCGCCGCCAAAGACACCACCACCACCGGAGGUGAUCAACCACGCGCCCUCAACCCGCCGGUGGACUACACGCUCGUUUUGUCCACCGCUGACUUGGACGCCAAGCAACAACCCACCACCGGCGGCUACAUCUGGCUCCCGGUCCCACCCGAAGGAUACAAGGCCGUCGGCCACGUCAUCACCACGUCCCCCGACAAGCCCUCCCUCGACACAAUCCGCUGCGUCCGAUCCGACCUCACCGACCAAUGCGAGCCCGACGCGUCGGUAUGGGCCGCCGGGCCCAAUGGGCCGAACGUUUUCACCGUCAGGCCCAGUAAUAGGGGAACGCAGGCCGCGGGCGUACCGGUCGGGUCAUUCGUCGCGACCCAGGUUUCGACCGGGGCAGCCGUCGUCUCGAUGACGACGCUGGCCUGCCUGAAGAACGCGAGCUAUCCAGCAGGCGACGUUGCAUCGUCUCCGAUGCCGAGUCUCGCCCAGGUGGACGCGAUCUACCGGGCGUACGCCCCGCGGAUCUACUUCCACCCGAGCGAGAAGUACUUCCCUUCCUCGGUGAACUGGUACUUCUCGAACGGGGUGGGUCUGUACGAGAAGGGGAAGGAGACCGAACCGGUACCGGUCGAGCCAAACGGAGCGAACCUGCCACAAGGCGGGUGGAACGACGGUUCGUACUGGCUCGACCUGCCCCGAGACGAAACCGAGAAGGAGCGGGUUAAAAAGGGUGACCCGGAGAGCGCGGAGGCGUACCUCCACGUGAAGUCGAUGUUCGGGGGCACAUUUACGGAUAUAGCCACGUGGAUCUUCUACCCUUACAACGGUCCCGGGAGGGCAAAUGUGGUAAUUCCCAACAUCCCGCUGGGGAGGAUCGGAGAGCACGUGGGGGACUGGGAGCACGUGACGCUGCGCGUGAGCAACUUCGACGGCCGGCUCCGGAGCGUGUACUUCUCGCAGCACAGCGCCGGCGAGUGGGUCGGGGCUCCGGAGGUGGAGUUCGAGGACGGCAACAGAACGGUGGCGUAUUCUUCGCUGAGCGGGCACGCGUGUUAUCCGAGAGUGGGGCUGGUGAUGCAAGGGAACAGGGUUUUCGGGAUUCGGAAUGACGCGGCGAGGGGCGGGAAGGUGAUGGAUACGGCGGCGGUCGGGUUUGGGGUGGUGGCGGCGGAUUAUCUGGCGGGGACGGAGGAGGCGGUGGCGGAGCCGGCGUGGGUGAAUUACAUGAGGGAAUGGGGACCGAAGAUUGAUUACGGGGUGGUGAAGCUGCCGCUGCCGAUAAGUUUGCCGAAGGAGGUGUAUGGGGAAGAAGGCCCCACCGGUCCCAAAUCUAAAGGGAGUUGGACCGGAGAUGAACGUUGAAUUUAAUUGCGCGGAUUGAAAUACGUUAUCGGAGGUUGUAUCGGAAAAGUCACCGGUAGUGUAUGUUAUGUUGAAAUCGUAGUUAAAACUGUUUUAUGUCGCUAAAUGUCAUUUAUCGGUUUCGUUUCUGAUAGUAGAUUUUUUUGGUCGAUACAGUUUUUCCGAUCCUUGUUUAAUAGCCCUUUCUUUUGUGUUUUUUUUCCUUUUUCCGAAAUUUAUUUGUGGAAAGGGGGAAGCAUAUAUGUUUUUCGUGUUAAACAAGAGAAGGUUGGAUUAUAUUCCAUGUGAUUAAUAAUGAUGUUUGGAUUUUUUAUAUCGCAUUAAUGAAGAUUAGCUAGGGUAGGGUUUGUUUGUGUUUGAGAGGGUCAGGUUGCUGACCAAAACAAGUUGAAUAAUUGUUGGAUAGUUUGACGUUGGAGAUGGGAUCGGUCACUAAUGAGCCUAAUAAUAAUAAUUUUCUGACGCUAAUAACGCCAGGUAAGUGUUUUCCAUGUUUAAUGUUGUAUUAUGUUAAAAGAUUCUAUAGGAACUACAUAUGAAUAAUAAUAAAAAAUACAUGGACAUUGAUAGGACAACAACUUAAUGGCUUGUUUGGAAAAUUGGAGUCUCUAUCCCAAGAUCUAAAUAAUUCAAUAAUUCUAACUCUCACGAUUAUUAAAUAUAGAUUUUAAGUUUUUCAUUGGAUAAUCUUGUAUUUAUAAUAAACGAGUUCAGCUCGAGUUCGAGCUCGUUUAUUAUGAGUCGAGUAUGAAUAUCAAAAUACACUCCAAUUUCAUUUGCAUUCAGGGGCGCUAUAAGUCAAGCCGAGAAUCCAAAUAUAAAAAUUUUGAAGCUCAGAAACAUCAUCCCCAAAUUCACUCCAUUAAUUUGCAGGAUGUUUCUAUCUAACAAUUUCACCUCUCCAUAAACAUUAAACAUUCUCCUAGUAUUGCGAACUUCUAACCGUUUUCCAUUAUCUUAAGUUUCUCUUGGGAAUCUCUUAUUAUUCUUUUCACUGUCUCAUACAACCCCACUUUUAGUUGUUUAUCAUUAGGGUUGAAUCUAAAUCCUUUCCAUGACGAACUUGUGGAUUCAACCAAUGAGCGGCUAAGUACAAAGGCCUACUAAUUUGAUCUCCACAACUCUUCUCAAUAAUUUUCGAUAUGGGUUUAUAUCUACAAACAAGAAACUCAGGCUAGGGUUGUUUUGUCCAUGAUGUUGGAUCGGGUCUAGGAACUAAGAAGCGAACUUGACCAGUUCAUGGCAAAGCCGACCCAAUCGGUUGGAUUUUGCUUCAAUGUACAUGAACUUGGAAAUCAUACAAAUCGUAGAUUUUAAAGAUUUAGUAGUUUGUAAUCGGGAUUUUGUAAGAUUUGAAGUUUCAAAUAUUAGUAGCAAAAUCACGAUCAGAACCAACGGAUAAUAUUGUAAAAUCAUUAAAUUUUAAUAUUAAGAUCGAGAUUUUGAGUACAUUGAGUCUCAGUUGACUAUUACCACUACUUUUAGUUAUGCUUUUUAAUCAAAAUAAUCCAACCAAUAUAAAUCAUUCACACAACCAAAAUAAAUUAUGAUUAUUAUAACUUCUAUGACUAAUAAAAAACCAAUUAAGUACUCCCUCUGUCACAUUACAAACAAAGCAAGUCUAAGAAUUAUUGUAUAUCAUUCAUAAAAUUAAAACAAACCAUUAAACUAUCUUGUCCUUCGAAGGGCUACUACUAAAUGUCACUAUUGCAAGUCUUGGAAGAAAAAGAGACUUCACUACUAGCUACUGGAACUAAUAAGUCUUAAAAAUCUCUUGUAGUAUGCAUGUUAAAUGAGUUUAGUCCAAGAAGAUCGUAAACUAUAAAAUGGUACCACAGUUCUUAUGUCUUUUGUAUAGUUUUAAGCAAGUAGUGGCAUGAAAAUUUCAAUUCCAUAGUAUUGGUUCAUGGGGUUUUACAUGACUCUGCUAAUAAGUGCAUUUGUUCAAA